UUCUGACUACAUUUAAAUUUGUGAUAAAGAGGAACAUUAUGCUCAGUGCUUUGUUUUUCUACAAAGUACUUUUAAUGCAUCUGGAGCAGUACAAUUAGCGUAAAUAUUUGGGAAUAUAACAGAAAUGUACAUGGCCCAAAAAUAUUAACUAGGCCUUUAAGCCUUAAGUGACUUUUUAUACUUUUUUUUCUUCCUCAGGUGGCUCCUUUUGGCGUUUGGGUAAUGAACGCUCUGAUGCUGAAAUGCCUCCUGAUGAUCCAGUCCCCACUGAUGACCAGGAAGAGGAAGAAGAGAUUGACGUUGUCGGGCUGGACGGGCUUCAGGAGGCUGAGGUUGAGCCUCGUGAAGGUAAUAGAGAGUUGAAUCAUAAUGCUGAAGAAAAUGCCAGACCUCCUUCUCCUCCACUCCGGCAGGUUCCACCACAACAAGGUCCUGCUGUUCCUUUUCCUCUUUACUACCCUGCUCCCUAUGCUGUUCCUGUUGCUGUUCCUGUUGCUGUUCCUGUUGCUGUUCCUUUUGCUGUUCCUGUUGCUGUUCCUGUUGCUGUUCCUGUUGCUGUUCCUUUUGCUGUUCCUGUUGCUGUUCCUGUUGCUGUUCCGCAUCCUGUUCCUUACGCUCAUGCUUUUCCUUAUGAUGAUCCUGCAUUUCUUCCUGCUUAUCCUUAUGCAUUUCCUCAUGCUGCUCCUGCUUUUCCUUUUCCUGCUCCUCCGUUUCCUCCUGCUGCUCCUGCGUUUCCUGAUCCUCACCCGGUCCCUGACCCUGUUCCUCCCGUUGAGCAUCAUGAAGCUCUUGAGGAGCUGAUUGCCAGGUACCGACACGGGCAGCCCGAAGAGGACGAGGACUCUGAGAUUGACGUCGUUGAAAUUGAAGAUGAAGAAGGGAUUAGGAUUCCUGAACUUGAUGUUGAGGACAUGGGGCCACUCACCGUGGAAGAUUCUUUUGAGAAGGACUCACCCUCAGCUUCUGGCCUCAGCUCCCGCACAAGGAGGCGCAGAGAAGAGAGCGACGGGGAGGAGGCUGCUGCUAAAAGGCCACGGUGGUCUAAAGAGAGUCACUCAGAUUGACUCUAUAAUGAGCUACAGGACUACAGGACAUCAGAGAAAUCACACAUUGGUCCUUCAUCACUGCCAAAUCACAGCUAUCAAGAACUUCACCACACCAGGACAUCUGGUGGGAUGGAUGCAGACUGGCCUUCACGUCUGGCAGGACCAGUGAUUCCCAAGGUAGCCUCUGCUUCUGGCAAGGCUGGUGACAACCCAGCUAGCGUCUUGCACUGGGAUCUGUGUAUAUCAUGUUGGCAGGGUUGAUGGAUUGACCCUUUUUUACUCCUUGGCUGGGCAACCAAAGCCCCAGGUAGCCUUUGCGUCUUGCAGGGCUAUCAAUAUCCCAGCUAGCGUCUUGCACUGGGAUCUGUGUAUAUCAUGUUGGCAGGGUAGAUGGAUUGACCCUUUUUUACUCCUGAGGGCUGGCCUUAGCGUCUGGCUGGGCAACCAAAGCCCCAGGUAGCCUUUGCGUCUUGCAGGGCUAUCAACAUCCCAGGUAGCGUCUUGCACUGGACUCUUUUACACCACCAACUCAUUUUUGGCACGGUGGCUGGAUCGACCUUUCUUUCAUCCUGUGGACCGCCCUUUGCGUCUGGCAGGGCCAGUGUUGCCCCAGGAAGCCCUCGUGUCUAGGAGGGCUGUCGACACCUCGUGCAUGGAGCCUUCACGCCUGGCAGGACAUGAACCCCUAGCUUGAUCAUGUAGAGAGAGAGAGAAGAAGCUGCAAUGAAGAAACAUAAGACAAAGCACUAUAGUAUGCUCCAGUAUCAAUAUUCUCCAGAGGUAUAAAAAUGUUUGGAUAACUUCUACUACUCCUGCCAUUGGCUCAACUCGACAAAAAAGGUAAGCAUAAGUCUUUGGAUUGUAAACAAGUGACUUAGAAUCAGAAUCAAACUCAAAUCCUGUUUAUUCAAAUAGUAUAAUUUAUCCAUAAUUCAAAGAUAGUCUUACUAUUGUUUUUCUAUAUUAUUUCACUUUUAUCUUCCUCCAUCACCUGAGCUGCUGCUGUUCACCAAGGGGGAAAAAAAGUGAGUACGAGCUUCUGACCUGAAGUAAAAAUAAUCUAUUGCAUAUGCUGCUCCUGUUUAGCUAUACAGUAUAUAUUAUCCCUAAUUAAAAAAAUCAAGGUUAUCACUAUUUAUAUCAUAUUCAUUAUUUUGUGAUUGAGAGACUAGUCAUCUUACUAACCAUUAUCUGUCUUCCUCUACUUUUAUCUUACUCGACCACCUGAGCUGCAAUCGUUCACUGUGGUUGGAAAAGGUGAGUACGAGCUUCUGACUUCAACAAGCUAACAUAUAAAGCCAGAGAAAGUCACGUUAUUUUACGGUUAUCCUUGUAAUAUCACUUAUUCAUGAAAUAAAAUAUUAUUUGUCUUACUGACCAUUAUCUCUUUCUUCUCUUUUCAUACUCCACCAUCGGAGCUGCUGCCAUUAACUGUGGAUGAAUAAGGACAGCAGAUGUACUGUUUAAACUAGCUAACAUUCUGUGUGCUCUCAUUUAUACACAUAUCAUCACUUGUUCUCUUCUAUUGUGCUCUACCACCUGAGCUGCUACAGUUCCCUGUGGACUAAAUGGGGGACUAUUGUACCUUUCAGUAAAGGGAUGAAAAGUCCCUUUUCUUGUAAUCGACUGCAUUAGUGUGUGCUGUGAAGUUAGCGCUCUGAUUGACCCAGUGUUCCUGCAGUUCCCACAGGGUUUCUUGACAACAAAGAUGAAAUGCUGACAUCUGACCCACAGGACAAGCUGGAGAGCAGGCAGAGAGGCUCAGUGUUCCUGCUGUACAUCCAAGUUUACCUUGACAAGAAAAGUUUGAACCUGACCCGAACAGAACGACGGCUAACCACAGGACGAGCUGGAGAUCAGCGCUCCUCAGUGUUUCUAAGGUGGGACUCCUCUUGUGUCUUUGGCAGUCAGGGGUCCCCUGAGAGAGGGUGUCACACAAAACCACACAAAGCUAGCCUCACAGUAGUCCGCUGGGCACUUUGUCACCCUACUUUCUCAACUGAGCUGGUUUGGUGUUGCAUUCAGUAAAACACUCAGAAAUCUAAAGUGA